AUGGACCAACGCAAAUCCUACCCGUUUCUGUUCACGGGACCCAUUUGCUUCCAGCUGAAAGGUGGGCCCUUGAAGGUGAUGAUCCCAGACAACCUGACGAUGGCACAGGUGGUGGAAAAGAACGCCCUGGUGGAGCUGGGAGGCCAGUACUGGCCACCUGACUGCUGGACACAGCACCACACGGCGGUAGUGGUGCCCUACGGGCAAGCCCAGCACCUGCAGCACCUGCUCCUGCACCUGCACCUGCACCCCUUCCUGCAGCACCAGCCACUGCACUAUGCCAUCUAUGUGGUGAACCAGGUGAACAACACCGCCUUCAACCGGGGCAAGCUUCACAGCAUGGGGUUCUGGGAGGCCGUGCAGGAGGAGGGCCGGGACUGUGUCUCCUUCCACGAUGUGAACCUCCUCCCCAAGGACGAUCGCAACCCCUACAUCUGUGACAUCUUCCCUGCCCACGUGUCUGUGGCCAUUGACAGCUUCAAGUACACGCUGCCCUACCGGGGCUACCUUGGAGGGGUGUUUGCCCUGCGCCGCCUUCACUACGUCAGGAUCCAUGGCUUCCCCAACACACACUGGGGCUGGGAUCGGGAGGAUGAUGACGUCACUUCCAGGCUGAAACUCAGUGGGAUGCUCCUCUUAUGGCCCCAUCUGCUCUUUGGCUGCUACCGUAUGCUGGAGGGGCAGGACUGCAGCCAAAAGCAGAGCCCCCAGAGUCCUGGCCUUCUGGCCCGGAUCCGUCGCAAGUGGCGGCACGAUGGCAUGAACUCGCUGGGAUGCAGGCUGCUCUCCAAGGAGCUGCAGCCCCUCUACACCAGCCUCACUGUGGACAUCAGCCUCUCAGCCCCAGGAGCCCUGGUGCCAGGCUGA